AAAGGCGUAAUUCAGUUUCAAAGACCUACCUUUUUGGAAAAGUCACUGAUACAGGUGUUUUUUUUUUUUUCGAAAAAGACAUUUAGCAUGACUCUCUUUGAAAGAAGAAAAGCAUUUUUGCUGGUGAUUUCUGGAAUAUUGUUUCAUGCCACAGCAAGGAGUUUUCAAUAAGUGUUUUUUUUUUACAUUUUUGAAGAUGUUUACAGAAAAAGUUUUCUUUUGUCUGUGUAUCUUGAUCUCUAUUGGUGUGUUUGGCGUUGAUGGAGAUGAAGUGAAGUCAGUGAUGGAGGGAGAUUCUGUUACUCUACCCACUAAUAUUAGUGAAAUACAGAGAGAUCAUCUGAUAGAGUGGAUAUUUGAAUCUAAUACUCUUAUAGCUGUAAUCACACAUAGCUCUAGAAAGGUUUAUGAAGAGAGAUCCAGAGACAGACUGAAACUGGACCAUCAGACUGGAUCUCUCACCAUCACAAACAUCACAAUCACACACACUGGACUUUAUAAACUAAAGAUCAGCAGCACGAGCAGAGGAACUUCAGAGAAGAGAUUUAAUGUUACUGUCUAUGCUCUUCUGCCUGUUCAUGUCAUCAGCAGAGACUCAUCACAAUGUUUAUCAUCAUCAUCAUCAAGCUCAAACUGUUCCUUGCUAUGUUCCGUUUUAGAUGUGAGAGAUGUGAGAGAUGUGAGUCUGUCCUGGUACAAAGGAAACAGUUUAUUGUCCAGCAUCAGUGUGUCUGAUCUCAACACCAAGCUUUCUUUAGAGGUAGAUUAUCAUGAUAACAAAACAUACAGCUGUGUGGUGAACAAUCCCAUCAGAAACCGAACUCUACAUCUCAACAUCAAUGAACUCUGUCAGUGUUCAGAUUUCAGCCCCUUAAUACUGAUAGCGCCUGCUGUUCUUGUUUUUACCGCAUUGGGACUGCUGGGGCUCAUAGCCGGUGUUAUUCACUACCACAAAAAGAUUCAGAAAGGGCUGAGAAAACCAGCUUACAUUAAAUGGAUGCAAGCUUAUGAAGGGUCCCGGCAAUCUAAAACAUACUGUACACACCAGAAAUGUUAGUUGCAGAAUGUGUAGGCCUUUAUCGUUUUAAACAGUGUUUUAUUAUUAUUUUCAUUCAUUCUGGAAGUCUGUAAAAGUUAAAAAUAUCUGCCAUCACAACUACUUAUGUUUGUAAUCUGUAAUGUAAGAAAAUACUUUUAAAGCUUUG